AAGGUAAAACGUCAUCCAAACAUUGACACAAAAACACAACCAAGUCAAUCAAAUCAAAUCGGUAAUUGAUAGAAUAUAUAUCUAGGAUUUGAUGAAUACUUCAAAAGUCACAGAAAUAGACUGCAAUGCCCACUGAUUGGAUUGUUUUGUAAAACCAAAAAGCUUCAUCUUUAGCCAGCUAUCAUGCUAAUGCUAACAAUGGCAACAAUUACCUUCUACGGUAUGUGGUCGUGUUAUCAUCUGAAAACUGAAUAGUGUUUCAUAUUUGCAGCCAUCUAGUGGUCAAUGGAGGAAAUGUGCCUAGACGCUACAGGCGAUUGGGGAUUGGUACUGAGGCGCCACCUAUUGGACUCAUUUGUUCAUGACACAGCAAACAAAAGACUUGUUCUUGAUUUCAAACUAAACUAUGUCAAUGCUAAAUCCCCCAAAUAUUUCUUCUUCAGUUUUAGAAAGCGUUCGGUGCCAGUAUUAUUGAGGUGUUUAAAAAAAGCAGCAGCAACUAAACAAUUAAGCAUAAUCAUAUAAGAAGGACUGAUGUCAUGUUUUUCAAAUCUGAAUUACUGUUGGGAAGCUAAACUUGAUGAUUACAAAUAUUUAAUUUGACAACUCUAAUUUGCCCUGUGAAAACCUUUGCAACCUUAAAAUAUCAACCGCAGAGAAAUACAAACUCUUAGAUGGCUUGAAAUGAAAAUUUAAUACACUUAAAUAUGAAAUAAUAUUUUACUCAAACAGUAAACCCAGAUAGUUAUUAUGGACAAUUUGUUAUAUCACAGUGUUCAUGUCUAUAAAUAUGACAAAAGAGCACUUGACUUAACUUCUCACCCAAUUUGAAAAAAGGAAAAAAAAAAAAACUUUUGUCCCUAUGGCUUCAAAGAGAUUUACCAGUUUAAAGUCGAGUCAUAUCAAGUUGAUUCCAGAUUUGUGGCUCAUUUGUUUUGUGAUUCCAUAUAUACAGAUAUACAGAAAUGAUUAACCCAUUUACAUUUUAUCUGGCAAAAUGCUUUAAGCACCAUCAUCUGGUUAAUAAGAACUGCCCUCUUAAAUUGGUCACGAAUUAAAAAAACAAAAAGUGAAUUACCAUUUAUUCAGACGUUUUCAAACAACAAUGAUUAUGAAAUGAAUGAGGUAAAUGCCCAAAUUUUCCUUGAUAACUCAACGCAUGGAAUGACAGACUUUGCAUUGUCUAACAUUUCAGUGAAAUCUUUGGAAAAAAAAUUUGACACCGUAGCGUCGACGUCAAUACGGUCAACACUGUGUCAUCCUUUCAUAACGGGACGUCAACAGUCGUCCAACUUUUUUACGCUCGGUUUAUGCACGCCAUAAAAGACCGACGUUAUUCAUCGCAAGCUACCUUCAUUUGUGCAAGUUGAGCAAAUGUGAUGCAAUACCCAACUAUAAUCUAAAAAGAAAAUACGAUAAAUAUCGUAUAGUAUAAAAGUGGUUUUUAACCGAGUAGUGUAAUCGUCGCGUCACCUUUCCACGCAACACUGGAUUGACGUAUUCACCAGCAGACGCAUUGAAACCGGACCAUCAUGGCCGCCGUGGCUGCUCAUCAUUGACGGCAGCAGAUGAAACCGGACCACCUCGUUCGCCAUUAUGGCCCCGAGGGCAGCUUUCAAACCGGACCAACAUGGCCGCCGUGGCCUUCUAUCCUACACGGAAAUAGUGAAACUAACAUUAGGAAACUUCUAGUGGUUGCCAAAUGUAAUAAUAAUAAUGAUGAUGUAUUAUCUAAUUAAACAUGUUUUGAUGAACAUCUCCACUAAUUUGACUAAUAUUAACCAGAAUGUACUGCAGAAAUUAAAAGCUGAUGAGCAAGAGAGGGGCAAAUUUGAUAAUUGUUUUAAUGUCAUGUAUGUUUUUAAUGUUUAGUCUACCGACCACACAAAUAUGUCAACUGUAAAUGUUAAGUUACUCCAAAAACUAGAGUGGCUAACAACUAGCACCUUAGCCACUAGCUAACUGUUAUGCCAGUCUUAUUAAAUUCCUUUUUAAUUGCCAACUUGUCAAGUAAACAAAGACAAAGCAAGCUUUUUUUAGGGAGGUUAAUGGUGCACUGACUGCCUAGUCAGCUUGGAGCUAUAAUAGAAUACAAUUCUAAUAGGCAAUCUUUAAACCUAAAGGUUGGGUGACAUAACAAAGGGCUUUGAUGGCUUUUAAGAGGCUCGGUUUGUCCUGCCACUUUAGUGGGUGGAUCGUAGAGAUCCACGCCAUCUCGCCAAGCGAUUCCAGAAGGAGUUUCAUGCGCUCCUCGAGUUCGGGGAGGAAACUUGAUGAGAGCUCGGCUGGUGAGUACCUCAACAACUCCAAUGUUACACUACAAAUUCUACCACCAUUUUUAAAUGCAUUUAAAAUAUUUUCAUGCAGCUUCUUCAUUGGAACUCAUGAGUAGUACUCAAUAUGACUUGUAAUGUAGUGGUUCAUAUUUCAGAUUUUUAUACAGCUGAUGUGGGAUCAAAUCCUGUUCACGUCAUAUGGCAUACUCCAUCUUCAGAUGUUUCCUGGCAUUGGUAGUGGGGUGGUUCCAGAUUUGGUACUGUAGUGGUUUCAAAUUUGUAUCAAGAUUAGUUACAUUUGAUUUGAAUGUAGCUGGUGUGGGCCGGGUCUCCUCUAACAUGCAUAUUGGAGAUCCUCAUUUUCUGUCUCCCAAAGUUUGCUCUAUUUUUUUUUUAGAUCUUUUCCAUUUUUUGUCCAAAACAUUGUCAGUAUUAUUAAAAAAUGAAGGAAGGAUAUGCUUGUUUAAGCCUGUGUAAAGAACCAUUUAUUCACUAGAUGCUAUAAUGUAAUGUAUGAUUUACAUUUUUGUUUGGUAGAAUUUGAAGUUGCUGAAGUGGAGGCUUAGAAGACUGCAAGUCAAAGUGAUUUUAGGCAGCCCGGAGUGAACAGCAUGGAGCACUUUCAGACGCUGCCCACUGACGAGGAUGUCAAGUGGGACAAGCUGCUGGACAACAUUUUGAAGUCGUCCGACGCCAUCCUGUGGGGCUCCACGCCCGCUAGCGUCCCACUGCCGCCGGAGCCACCGCAGCCUCCACCGCUGCCACCGCAGCUGCCACUGCUGCCACUAUCACCUAAAGAAGAACCCCAUGAUCUGCCUGUCACGACUGCAGCGAGCGAGCCCAAAGGAGCCAUGGAAUUGUUGCCCCUGGCGGGUGGUCAACAUCACCUGGACCUGCUGAUGGAGGGGAGCCCCCCGGAUAUGGACGAUGAGCUCUCCAACGUUCUGGAUGACUUUUGGUUGCCCGACUAUCUGGGUGGCCAACCCGGUCCUAUCAACAUCCAUGACCAGGUAACCAUCAGACACCUUUCAAACCCUCCUGCAUUUGUUAAGUAGCCCAAAAAGUUGGGUCGUCACUUUCCAUCCAAUUUGGGUUUAUUUUGAUCCAACUUAUUUCAGAGUGUGCACCUUUAAUACUGCUGGGUAAAAAAAAAAAAAAAAAAACAAAUUUGGGUCAGAAAUUGGACUGAUUGACCCAAAUAAAAAUUGUGUUGUUUUGAUUGUCGGUCCAAAUUCAAACCCAAAUUAUGUUAAAGUGAUAGUAAAAAAUAAAACUAGAAUAAAUAAAAAAAAAAAAGUUAAAAUAUUUACCCCUCCUAUGUUAAAGACAUUUAAUCGUAUUAAAACACAUGUAAAAUAAAGAAUAAUACACUUUUAUUAAACAUUGUAACCACAUCCCAGCACAAAAAUACUCAACAAGCAUAAAAAUAGUGCAUGGUUUGUCGUGUGGAUGUGCCUUGAAGCAGCCGUGUGAGCUGUGGCCGACAGCAGCUGCUGCUUGAGCGUCAUCAUUGUCGUUCGUUUUACCGUUGGAUGGAAUACUCAGCGAAGAGGGGAUUAAAGCAACGCGAAAGGGGCUUCUCAAGAUUGCCGGGUGGACAUUGCGCCCUUGCAAAGUUUCUCGUGCUUGUGCCUGUGCGUGUGUUUUCUCCCCAGGACGACGACGUCAUGGUGAUGCCGGCGCACGACAGCGUGAACCAGCCUCUUCUUGGAAGGCUGAUUGAUUUCCGCUCAGAAGAGGCGCACAUUAACGGCGAAAUGAUGUGCGGAGCGUCUUCGUCAUCUGACUCGCUUGAAGUUCCAACAGAAGCCUCACCGACCAUGAGUUCCAAAAGCCAAAGCUACAGCCACAGCCAGCAGGAAGCCCAUCGGCCCUACAUCAAGAAGCCACCCAACGCCUUCAUGCUGUUCCGCAAAGAGCAGAGUCCCAACGUGGUCGCCCAGUUCAACAUCACCAACUCAGCGGCGGUCAAUAAAAUCCUGGGAAAAAUGUGGAAGUCGCUGCCCAAAAAGCUGCAAGCCAAAUAUUACGAGCAAGCCGAAGAGCACAAGAUCCUCCACAGCCUGCAGUAUCCCGACUGGUCCUGCACUGAGAACUACGGCAAAAAGAGGAAGCGUGAUCGCACCAGGCACUGCACCAACGGCCCGAAGUCACAGGAGGACGAAGCCCCUGUGGCCGACCAGAGCUCCGGCGCAAUGGGCCACGCCCCCGGCGAGGACACCCUGCCCCGUCACAACCACAAGAGCGUCGUGGGGGAGACGCACACGUACGCGCACACGCGUGGCUGCUGACACGCCCACAGAUCGGGAUUCCCCCCCCCCCUCGCCCCCACCCCGGCUGUAACGUUAUGUACCCCCUGCACAAAGAGUAGUUGAGGAUUUAAAUUGGAUUUCUCCGAAAAACAUGUACAUUUAAAUUCAAGCUGAGAAUAGUACAGUAAACAUCAUCAGGGUGUCCCGCUAUUUGAUUUUUUUAAUUCAACUUUGCUCCAACGCUGGUUUAUAAUAAAUGCAAUACCAAUGUCGACCACAGGGUAGCGCUAGACCUACUGAAUUGAAGUCAACAAAGUAUUGAGCACAAUUUUUAUUGAAAACGGUUGCAUUUUAUCUCCCGUGAACCUGCAUUUUAUGCCUACAAAAAAAUGCCAGUUGCAGGCAGAUUUUUUUUAAAACAAUUUUCAUCUCUGGACAUGAUUAUUGAUGCAUAUUGUGAGAAGUCUGUAUGGGAAAAAUAAUGGGUUUGUUUACUGUAAACAUGGAAUCCGUACAUCAUUACAGUUUGUGCAAUAUUUUAGUGUCAUCCAUUACACUUGCUCUCAAUAUAUUUUCUGUAUUUGUAGUUUUAGCGUGACCUUCAAAUAAUAAAUGCCGUAAAUGCUACAAAAGCAUGCCCAGA